GAUCUCAUUAAAGACGCUAAAAUAAUUUCUUAAAAAAAAUUAUAACAUUUUAAUUAUUAGUACGGUUGGGCAAUAAUCACAAAGACAUAAUAAGGUGAAAUCCAACGGUGUUAAUCCAAUUGCGAUUUAUAGGUCGCGCAUUUCUCGAUCCACAGAACUGUUGACUUUCUCCAAGAAUCGAAAAUGGAGAAGACGAAGAUAGGAAGAAGAUUCCAAGGGAAAGUUGCGAUCGUUACGGCAUCCACUCAAGGCAUCGGCUUCGCCAUCGCAGAGCGUCUCGGCUUGGAAGGAGCCUCCGUCGUGAUUUCUUCUCGCAAGCAGAGAAAUGUUGAUGAGGCAGUUGAAAAGCUCAAAGUUAAAGGAAUUGAAGCAUUGGGAGUGGUUUGUCAUGUGUCAAAUGCACAACAAAGGAUGAAUCUCAUAAGCAAGACGGUUGAGAAAUAUGGAAAAAUAGAUGUAGUUGUGUCGAAUGCUGCUGCCAAUCCAUCUGUGGAUACCAUUUUGCAAACUAAAGAUUCUGUUCUUGACAAGCUGUGGGAAAUUAAUGUCAAAGCAUCCAUCCUUCUUUUACAGGAUGCAGUGCCUUAUUUACAGAAGGGUUCUUCAGUUGUUUUUAUUUCGUCAAUUGCUGGCUAUCAACCACAGGCUUCCAUGGCUAUGUAUGGGGUGACAAAGACAGCCCUUCUAGGACUUACUAAGGCACUUGCAGCUGAAAUGGCUCCUGAUACUCGUGUAAAUUGUGUUGCUCCUGGCUUCGUGCCUACCCGCUUUGCCGAAUUUAUUACAAAAAAUGAUGAUGUUAGAAAGGCCAUUGAGGAGAAGACCUUACUUAACAAACUUGGCACCGCGGAAGACAUGGCUGCUGCUGCUGCUUUCUUGGCUUCUGAUGACGCUUCUUAUAUAACAGGAGAAACCCUCGUAGUGGCAGGGGGUAUCCCUUCUAGACUCUAGCUUCCUCUGUCAUCAUUCUUCCCCACAUUCCAUCUACAAGUUGUCUUUAUAGUUCAAUUGGCCUUUGUAUUCGAUGUUCUUGUGUAUCACACAAGUGCACAAUUCUAUCCUCUUGAGCAACACAGCAUUUUUAAGUGAAGAUCAAUAAAAUUCAGCAGGGCAUGGAUUCCAUAUUCAAAUCAAACCAUCGUGUUAAAAUCUCUGCAGGAUCUGUAAAGGUUUUAUCUCUUCCCUCUCCUUUCAUCUUUAGGACCCGAUCAGUUCACAGUUUCUGGGGAACAACAAUUUUCCCCAUAAAGUGCAAGCCCUAGG